GGGGCAGGAGGGUGGCGGCGGCGGGAGAAAGAGCGGGAGUGUGCGCGGACCCAGGGGAGACGCGGCAGGAGCGCGGCCAGGCGAGCCAGACCCGCGGGGCGCGAGCGCGGACAUAAACCCGGGUAGCGGCGCAGGCCUCGGCGCGAGCGGUCUCACAGUCUCCGGGCUCAGCAUCCCGCAGGACCCUCCGCCGCGCGCGCGGGGCCGAGCCCGCCCAUGAAGCCGCCCGCCGCGCAGAGCAGCCCCGCGGCCGCCGCGGCGGCAGCCCCGGCCUUGGACUCGGCGGCCGCCGGGGACCUGACGGAUGCGCUGUGCGAGUUUGACGCGGUGCUGGCCGACUUCGCGUCGCCCUUCCACGAGCGCCACUUCCACUACGAGGAGCACCUGGAGCGCAUGAAGCGGCGGAGCAGCGCCAGCGUGAGCGACAGCAGCGGCUUCAGCGACUCCGAGAGUGCAGAUUCGCUCUAUAGGAACAGCUUCAGCUUCAGUGAUGAGAAACUGAAUUCUCCUACAGACUCCGCUCCGGCUCUGCUCUCCCCGGCUGGCAGUCCUCGGAAAGCCAAACUAGGAGACACGAAAGAGCUAGAAGACUUUAUUGCUGAUCUGGAUAGAACAUUAGCAAGCAUGUGAAACCGGAAGAAGGUCUGGGUCCUUCCAUCAUAAGGAGAAGCUUUGGAAAGCUCCAAGGACCUGGUAAAAUCAGCGACGGAAUUUGCUGCCAAAGCGGAGAUGAGCGCUCACCUACCCCCGGGCCAUGCUCCGGCUUGUCCUAACACCAGCCUUUAAGAUCAUCUCUGGGCAAUUUAGACAGUGACACUGACUUGGUUUACCAGCUUGCAGCGUAUUAGAACGGAUGAUCCACGCUAAUAUUCUGUUUUCUCUCGGAACUUAGCUUUCCCGUAAUUUAAAGUGCUUUUAUGAACAUAUUUGUAAUUAAUUAUAUAUAGUUGGAAACAGUAAUAUGCUUUUCCCAGUAUAAUAUAUUUUUGUAUGCAAAUAAAAUUUGAACUAGA